UCGAACGGUAAAGGAAAACAUCAUGAGGAAACCGCCUAGCCUUGGACCCAAAAAGUCGAUGGCGUGGGUCAGGCACAUGAGACUGAUUACCUGCUUGGCUAUUAGAUUGACAAAUGAUCAUGAAUCAGAAAUCUGAGGCCCAGACCUAAAAGGUUGUAGCGCCACUGAUUUAUACAGUAACACAAAUAUAGAUUAUUCACAAUAUUCUUAACAUGUAACUAAAUAUAUUUUCGAUACGAUUAUUAUUUAAAAAAAAAGAAUAUUUCGAAAUAGUUAUUUCCCAAUUAGAUUGGAUAGUUUAUUGAUCGAUACGUAGAAAAUCGUACUGUUAAACUAAUCAGACAGAUAAGAGAUUUAUGGCAUAUUGUUUAUAACAUCGGUAUUAAUCACAAGAUUACAAUUACUGCGAAUAUGAAACUUUUUAUUUUUUUUAUGAUACUCCUUGUGAAUGGAAUCGACACAAGAAGAAAGAAGAAGAUGAGAGAUUCUGGGGGAAGUCUGGAAACUAAUUCUUAUAAGAAUAUAGAUAUGCGAGGAAGGAUAAGAAAGUCAUUUUUUGUGGCCCACGCACAAGAUAAUUUAGACUCCAAUACAAUAUGUUCCCCAAUAUCAGCGCUGCUACCCAUCGGUAAACUGGCGCUCGGCGCGGUUAACACCACUUUGGAUGAAAUGCUUGAGGGUAUCGGAGUUAUAAGUCAAAAGAAGAUUAAAUCACAUUUUAAACACUUGAUUGCGGAAUUGCGUUAUCUGCCUGGUGUGAAGUUGGACAUAGCUUGCAGACUAUACAUCAGUAACCAGGGCAAAUUAAAAUCUUCAUUUGAAUCUGAUACGAAAGAAAUCUUCAGUUCUAGCGCUGAGAAAGUUGAUUUCGAAUCUCCAGUUAUAACUGCGGACAAGAUUAAUGCAUGGGUGGAGUCCCAAACAGCUAACAUGAUCCACGACAUGAUAUCACCAGAUGAAAUUGAUCCAGAGAUGUCUUUAAUUAUGAUAAAUGCUAUUUAUUUUAAUGGAAAGUGGGAAACGCCAUUUAAAACAAUACAAACGGCGACAUUCCAUACGCCGUCAGAUGUUCGACGCAUAAAUAUGAUGUCUGUAAAUUCGCAUUUCAAUUAUACAGACAGUGCGGCCCUGAAUGCACAGAUUCUCAAACUCCCAUACACCGGUGGAACAGCUGCUCUAGUAAUUAUAUUACCCAAGGCGCGAAACGGCUUGCCGCUUCUCUUACAUCAAAUAAAGCUAGCACCAGAAGUAUUAGACUCGGCCUUAAACGCCAUGUUAGAGCACACAGUGCAGGCUACGAUACCGAAGUUUAGGUUAGAAAGUGAAAUGGAUUUGAGGAAAAUGUAUGAAAAGGUAGGAAUAAGAAAAAUAUUCAAAGAAUACGAAUCCGAUUUAACGGGUAUUGUGAGGGACAAAGUUGUUAUCGUCUCUAAAGCGAAACAAAAGGCAGUCAUUGAUGUGAACGAACGAGGCACUGAGGCAGCGGCUGCGUCUUCAACAAGCAUGGUUCAAAUGGCGUUGACGAAAACCGUCAAAUUCAAGGCUGAUCACCCAUUCUUGUUCAUACUGCUGUCACACACUCAGCAGUUGUUCGCUGGAACCCUCGUGCAUCCACAUACAGCUGGAAAGAGAGGCUAACUGUUAUUUUAAACUGUGACUUGUAUAAAAUAUAGUUUCAUGUGAUAUUACAUAUGCAUAAAGAAGGCUGUGUUUGUCUGUAUUUGAUUAACUUAAAAACAAAAUAUUCAAAGGCCAGCAACGCUCUUGCGAACCUUCUGAAAAUGUCUGUAUCACUUAACAGGUAAGCCUCCAGCCCGUUUGCACCCGUCACUUUAAUAAUAAUAAAAAAAAACUAUCGAAUUCCGAAUGGAAAUGGUUUAAAUUUAUUAUUCAUUAUGUUUUUAUGUACUUGAAAUAUAUUUAUUUAUUUACACUUCGGUACCAUAAUAUAUAAAAUCAUACAUAUAAGAAAAUCGAUUAUUUCUAGGUUCUAUAAAAGAAAUUGCCAUUAACUAUUAUACAGGCUUAACUAUUAUACAGGUCUACAGGUAUUAUACAUUCAAAAUAAUUUACGAUUUAUGACAUAAUAUGCUACAUAUUAACAACAUUAUUCUACAGGAUAUGUAAAUUAUUGAAAUAAACAUAUGUUUGAAUUGA